AAAAAAUUUGUUGCAAACUCACUGGCGGCAGUUUAAUCACAGUUUAUUUUUCACAACAGCUUCCUCGCUAGUUCAAGUUCUUAGUUUUAUCGGCUGGAUGACCGCGAAUUGUGUUGAAUAAUUCAACAACAAAACAAAACCCCGCAGGAGCUGUAUGCGCUCUAAACCAGACCGGGCUUUGAUACUAAUCUGUGCCUUAAAUCCCCCCCUUUCUGCCCCGCUGUUUCACUUGCUUGUGAGUGGCAGAGGCCGGAGGUCCAUUCAGUCGCUGCUGGAUUUGUACAGCUUCUAAUGGCCGGCCCGGCCCGGCGACAUGAUCCUGCCUUUAUCGAUCCAUUGAUUACACAUGGUCCUGCUCUGACCUCCUGAUCCCAAAGAAGCCGUUUCCAUGGAGACUGGAAGUCCUCCUCCAGCCUUUUUUUCCCCACUCUGUGUCUCUGGCAGGAAUUUCUCUGGGCAGCAGCUGAUUGUAAAUUCCUGCAGAUACUGGAAGCAUUGCGUGUGAGUGUCUCCCUCCUCCCCCUUUGUUGAAUCCCGAGCAAGAUCCACGGUCUCUCCAUCUCCGCUCUUCCUCCCUCUCUCCUGUGUGUGUGUGUGCGUCUCUCUCUCUCUCUCUCUCUUUCUCUCUCUCUCCCCCACCCCCUCUCCUCUCCUCCCUCCCUCCAGACCUUGUGUUGCUCGCAGCGAUGAUCAGGGCACAGCAAACCCUCCUGAUCCCACAGAGGGCAAUCUGACUGACGUGGGAGGCUCCGAUCGAGGUUGAUUUCAGCUCCAUCAGGACCUCUUAGAGGAGAGUGAGAGAGAGAGAAAGAAGAGGAAAAAAUUCGCGUCGCAUCCCUGCCCCGAAAGACAUCUGAAAAUGCAGAGCAGAAUAGAGGCUAUCCGUCUGUCCGGCUGCUACUGUUUGUUGCUCCUUCUCUUAAACCCACUCAGCACCGCGGGAAAUAAGGCAAAUCAAGAUGUUGAUGAAUGUGUUGAAGGAACAGAUAAUUGUCAUAUUGAUGCUAUCUGUCAGAACACCCCCAAAUCAUACAAAUGUAUCUGCAAGUCUGGUUACACAGGAGAUGGCAAACAGUGUGAAGAUAUUGAUGAAUGUGACAAUGAGUACAGUGGAGGCUGUGUCCAUGAAUGCAUCAACAUCCCAGGGAAUUACCGCUGUACAUGUUACGAUGGUUUCAAGUUAGCGCAUGAUGGCCAUAACUGCCUUGAUGUGGAUGAAUGUGGAGAUAGCAAUGGUGGAUGCCAGCAGAUCUGUGUCAAUAUGAUGGGAAGCUACGAGUGCCGAUGUCGGGAGGGAUUCUUCCUCAGUGACAACCAGCACACCUGCAUCCUACGUCCUGAAGAAGGAAUGAACUGCAUGAAUAAAAACCAUGGAUGUGCUCACAUCUGCCGAGAAACUCCGAAGGGAGGAAUAGCCUGUGAAUGCAGGCCUGGGUUUGAACUCACAAAGAACCAACGGGAGUGCAAGUUGACGUGUAACUAUGGAAACGGAGGUUGUCAGCAUACGUGUGAUGACACUGAUCAAGGGCCGAAAUGUGGAUGCCAUCUGAAAUUUGCCCUGCACUCUGAUGGAAAAACAUGCGUUGUUGCAGAGAAGCAAGAAGGUCGGAGAGGAAAACAAGAUUGUCUGUGUUACCAUGAAGACCAAGGAAAUCCAGAGACUUGCGCUGUGAACAAUGGAGGCUGUGACAGCACGUGUCAGGAUGCUGACACAGGCGUCCGCUGUAGUUGCCCGGUGGGAUUCACGUUACAGCCUGACAGAAAGACAUGCAAAGAUAUCGAUGAAUGCCGUCUGCACAAUGGUGGCUGUGACCACGUCUGCAGGAAUACUAUUGGAAGCUUCGAGUGCAGUUGCAAAAAGGGCUACAAACUGCUGACUAAUGAAAGGACUUGUCAAGAUAUUGAUGAGUGCUCCUUUGACAGAACUUGUGAUCACAUCUGUGUGAACUCCCCAGGAAGCUUUGAAUGCUUUUGCCACAAGGGUUACACAUUAUAUGGACUGACACACUGUGGAGAUAUCAACGAAUGCAGCAUGAACCAUGGUGGCUGCAAGCACGGCUGUCUUAAUACACCAGGAGGCUAUCAAUGCUCCUGUCCCAAUGCUGGCUACAGACUGCACUGGAACAAGAAAGACUGUGUGGAGGCAGCAAAGUGCCUGCCGGGCUCCAACCCACCUCAAGCACAACUCUCCUGCAUCAAGAGUGGGAAGAGAGAGACCUGCUCCCUCAGCUGUGCUUCCAAGGCUCACUUUCAGGCAGGUUCUGAUAACAGUUACACUGUGAGCUGUGGGGCCCCUUUGCGGAGGGCUGGUGCUUAUCAGCGACUAAACACCAGCAACACAGGCUGUGUCGAGGCUCUAGCUCCCCCAGUCAAACAAAGAGCUUCCUUCAAGAUAAAAGAUGCCAAGUGUCACCUCCAUCCUCGCAUUAAAGGAAAGCAGGAUAGUGGACAUCCAGUUAUCACAGGAGGUGCCUUCCCUUGUACAGACAACUGCCAGGUUACGUUCGUCAACCUAAAGUGUGAUUCUUCCAAGAAAGCAAAAGGUCGCCGCACCCGCAACCCUCAAGGCAAAGAGGUGACUCGCAUUACACUGGACUUUGAGGCAGAGAUAAGAAAGGAAGAUAUAACAGGCAGCUGCAACAUUAACUGCCUGAGACAGAAGAUGGAGAAGAAACUGAAGUCUGCAAUUAAAACUUUGAAGAAAUCAAUUAAUCAGCAGCGAUUUCACAUUCACUUCUCUGGGACUGAGUAUGAAGUGGCAAAGAAGGUGGCAAAGGUGCCUGAGAAACAGGAGGCAUGCAACACAGGGCAGGAGUGGAUAGACGGGAGAUGUGUCAGCUGCUCGUCAGGAUCCUUCUAUCAUGGCCAACAAGAGAAGUGUGUUCUGUGUCCUGCUGGCACCUACCAGGAGAAGGAUGGACAGUUGUCAUGCGAUCUCUGUCCAGGAACAGAAGGACACGGUCCAACUGGGGCACGUAACAUAAGUGUCUGCACAGGUCAGUGCAGCCCAGGACAUUAUUCAGCAGAUGGGUUUCAACCAUGUCAGUUGUGCAGUCGAGGCACAUACCAGCCUGAAUCAGGCCGCACACUCUGUUUCCAGUGUGGAGGAGGAUUGAUGACAAAGCACGAAGGAGCUUCAUCUUUCCAGGAUUGUGAUACUAAAGUUCAAUGCUCUCCCGGCCAUUAUUACAACACAAGUGUUCACCGGUGCAUACGUUGUGCCUUGGGUACCUACCAACCAGAGUUCCGACAGAAUUACUGCAUUGCAUGUCCCGGAAACACCACAACUGACUUUGAUGGAUCAACAACAGUCAGACAAUGCAAAAAUCGACAGUGUGGUGGUGAACUUGGGGAAUACACAGGCUAUAUUGAAUCUCCCAACUAUCCCGGGAACUACCCAGCAAAUGUAGAAUGCACCUGGAACAUUAACCCACCUCCCAAAAGAAAAAUUCUGAUUGUGGUCCCUGAAAUAUUCUUACCCAUUGAGGAUGACUGUGGGGAUGUUUUGGUCAUGAGAAAAAACUCCUCACCUACAUCAAUCACAACAUACGAGACUUGCCAAACCUAUGAACGGCCAAUAGCUUUCACCGCCCGCUCCCGCAAGCUGUGGAUCAAUUUCAAAACUAAUGAAGCAAACAGUGCCAAAGGGUUCCAGAUACCUUACGUUACUUAUGAUGAGGAUUAUGAGCAGCUUGUUGAAGACAUUGUACGAGAUGGUAGAUUAUAUGCUUCAGAAAACCAUCAAGAAAUUUUAAAGGACAAGAAGCUGAUUAAAGCUCUCUUUGAUGUACUGGCACAUCCACAAAAUUACUUCAAGUACACAGCACAGGAGUCCAAUGAGAUGCUGCCAAGAUCUUUUAUCAAACUGCUUCGUUCCAAAGUUUCCAGCUUUCUAAGGCCCUACAAAUAGUUGACAAACCAAAGGCGAUAAAAUGACCAACUGAAUUUUAUUUUUCCAGCUUUGUAACCAUAAUAUUUCACUAUGCUGACUUUUUUUUGUGGCUUUCUUCAAAAGGAUCCCAGUUCAUACUUCACUGUACAUUAUUUAUAGCUCUCAGUCCAUCAUAACGAAGACUGUUCAUUCCUUAUAUUUAUGUGUACGCUGGUAUAUAUGACUGCUGGGAGCACAUCCAAAACCUGCUCCAUAUGCAAGCAUACUUUAUGCACUAGGACUUUCUGUCUGCAUUGUGUGUUUUUUUUCCUGUAUAAGAAAAGAAAGUGCAAUGAUUUCUUUUAUCCUGUUGGAUGUUUGAAUGGAUGUUUUUUUCUACAGAAAGACAGCAAUAUUUAUAUCUGCAAGGAAGCCUUUCCCGUCUCCACUGCAGUAUAACAACACCACCCAUAAAUCACAUCAUAAUGAAAAAUGGCAGGAUUGCAAUGUGUCGCAUUUUUAUUUGCACUUGAGAAUUAUAUUUGAACAUGUACAAAAGUUUGGUUUUUGUAUUUUCAUUGUUUUAAUUGAAUUGAAAUUUUCACAGUUUGUGUUUCUUUCCUUUUUUUAAUGCUAGUUUGUCCCACUUUUUCAUGAUGUUCAAGCUUGUAUCGUACAAUACGUACGAUAAGUAAAAGGGACUUAAAAAUUUCUAAGAAUUUCAAGUAUAGUUCUGAUGAUGCAAACACUAGCUCUUUUGGCCCUCCCAUGGGUCGAUGGACUAUAUAUUAAUAUCAUUUUUAGUGCAAUUUUGAUACUUUACCAAUAUAUUAAAUAUAUUUCAUGUUUCCAGACAGUUUAUUUGUUUACCUCAUUGUCUGUAUUGAGGUACGUCAGGGUAUUGGGGACACUACAGUACAAUUUCAAGAUCCUGAAAUAAAACAUGUAUCAUGCAUUAAAAAUAGUGCAUAUAAUGCAUCCUCAGUAAA